AUGAAGAUCCUCGUCCUGAUCUUCCUCCUCUUUUGGUCGUCUGGUUCUACCUUCUGCGCGGCGCUUUCUCCAGACGGUCUCACGCUGCUGGCUUUCAAAUCCGCCGUCUCCGGCGAUCCCUCUGCCAGCCUCGCCGGUUGGGACGAGGCCGACGAGGACCCCUGCCGGUGGCCUGGAGUCUCCUGCACCAAUGUACGCGGCUUCUCCUACCCUCGCGUCGUCGCGCUCACCGUCUCCGGCAAGAAUCUCUCCGGCUACAUCCCCUCCGAGCUUGGAUCCCUCGUCUUCCUCCGCCGUCUGAACCUCCAUGGAAAUUACCUCUCCGGUGCCAUUCCUCCUCAGCUGUCCAAUGCUUCGUCUCUACACUCUCUCUUCCUCUACUCGAACAACCUCUCUGGUCCUCUUCCUCCCUCCCUCUGCGACCUGCCCCGUUUACAGAACCUCGAUCUCUCCCGAAACUCCCUCUCCGGCCCAAUCCCCGGCGAGCUCCGCCGCUGCCGCCAACUCCAGAGACUUCACCUCGCCGGAAACCGCCUCUCCGGCGAGAUGCCCGCCGGAAUCUGGCAGCAGAUGGAGAACCUUCUGGAGCUCGACCUCUCCUCGAACAACCUCACCGGCACUCUCCCGCCAGAUCUAGGGUCCCUCAGAUCGUUGUCAGGGACGCUCAAUCUCUCCUACAAUCAAUUCUCGGGCGAGAUUCCCGACGACCUCGGGAAUCUGCCGGCCGCCGUGGGCCUGGAUCUCCGAUUCAACAACCUUUCCGGGGAGAUCCCCACGCAGGGAACUCUAUCCAACCAGAGCCCUAAAUCCUUCGCCGGUAAUCCCAGACUCUGCGGCUACCUCCUCCUCAGUCCCUGCCAGGAGAUCCGCCAGCCUGCGUCUCCAGAUGGACAGAUCUCGAUGGGCGGCGGCGGCGGCGCGAAGGAGACCAGGAAGGGGCUCCGCUUGGGGACGAUCAUCCUGAUCGCAGCGGCGGACGCCGUGGGGGUGGCGUUGAUCGGCCUGGCCCUGGUUUACGCCUACUGGAAGGUGAAGAACAGCCGCCCUGGUUGUAGCUGCACGGGGAAGACGAGGUUGGGCGGAGGAGGCGGGAGGGGGAAUCCGGCGAUCUGCUGCAAGAAGGGGGGCUCCUGCAGUGACUCCGACGAGGGGGAGGAGAGCGGCGGCGAUGGAGGAGGUGGCAGCGGCGGAGCCGAGGGGACGCUGGUGGCGAUCGACAAGGGGUUCUCCUGCGAGCUGGAGGAGCUCCUGCGGGCGUCAGCGUACGUGCUGGGAAAGGGGGGGAUGGGGAUCAUGUACAAGGUGGUGCUCGGGAAUGGCGUCCCGGUGGCGGUGCGGCGGCUGGGAGACGGCGGCGCCGCCGAGAGGCGCAGGGAAUUCGCCUCCGAAGUGAUGGCCGUUGCUCGCGUGAGACACCCGAACCUCGUCCGCCUCAAGGCCUACUACUGGUCCCCAGAGGAGAAGCUCCUCGUCAGCGAGUUUAUCUCCAAUGGCUGCCUCGCCGCCGCUCUACACCGUGAGCUUCCCUAUUCCUCCUUGUUCCUCCUCUCCAUCUUCAUCUUUCAUCUCUCUCGCUCUCUGAGUUUCCUGCUCGACGUUUCAGCGAAGCCCGGCGAGGCUAGCCUCUCCUGGCCGGACCGGUUGCGGAUAGCCAAGGGGACGGCGAGGGGGCUCGCCCACAUCCAUGAAAGUGGACCUCGGAAGCUCGUCCAUGGCGGCGUCAAGCCCUCCAACAUCCUCCUCGACGGCGAUCUCAACCCCCACAUCUCCGACCUGGGUCUCGCCCGCCUCGCUCACGCCGCCGGCGGCGGUGGCGGCGCCCCUCCCAGCAGCUACCUCCCUCCAGAAGCGCAGGUUCCGGGGAGCCGCCCCUCCCAGAGCUGGGACGUGUACGCCUUCGGCGUGGUGCUGCUGGAGCUUCUGACGGGGAGGUCCCCCGGGGGUUCGAACCAGGCAGCGGCGGCGACCUCCUCCUCGCCGGUGACGGCCAUGGAAACCGGCGAGCUAGCGACGUGGGCGAGGAAGGAGGUUGAGGAAGGGCGGCCGCCGGCGGAGCUGGUCGAUCCGGCUAUCCGCAGCGAGGCGCAGCAGAGCCGCAAGGCCGUGGCUUCGAUGCUUCAUCUGGCCCUGAUUUGCUCAGAGCUCGAACCCAACUCGCGGCCGAGGAUGAGGACGGUCUCCGACAAGCUGGACAAAAUUGCAGCGUGA